AUGGGGACUGCGGCGGCGGCUGCGGCGGCCGGGGAGGGGGCGCGCGGCCCGAGCCCCGCCGCCGUGUCGCUCGGCCUGGGCGUGGCUGUGGUAUCCAGCCUAGUGAACGGGUCCACGUUCGUGCUGCAGAAGAAGGGCAUUGUGCGCGCUAAGAGGCGAGGUACUUCCUACUUAACAGACAUUGUAUGGUGGGCUGGCACAAUUGCAAUGGCUGUUGGCCAGAUUGGAAACUUCCUAGCUUACACUGCGGUCCCUACAGUCCUGGUGACUCCUUUGGGUGCCCUUGGAGUACCAUUUGGGUCCAUUUUAGCUUCUUAUCUUCUGAAGGAAAAACUCAACAUCUUGGGCAAGUUGGGGUGUCUGCUAAGCUGUGCAGGUUCUGUCGUGCUGAUUAUCCAUUCCCCAAAGUCUGAGAGUGUGACAACUCAGGCUGAGUUGGAGGAGAAGCUGACCAAUCCAGUGUUCGUGGGCUACCUAUGCAUUGUGCUGCUUAUGCUGCUACUGUUGAUCUUCUGGAUUGCACCAGCCCACGGGCCCACCAACAUCAUGGUCUACAUCAGCAUUUGCUCCUUGCUGGGGAGUUUCACUGUGCCUUCCACCAAGGGCAUUGGGCUGGCAGCCCAAGACAUCUUGCACAACAAUCCAUCCAGUCAGAGAGCCCUCUGCCUGUGUCUGGUGCUCCUGGCUGUCCUGGGCUGCAGCAUCAUUGUCCAAUUCAGGUACAUCAACAAGGCCCUGGAGUGCUUCGACUCCUCUGUGUUUGGGGCCAUCUACUACGUGGUGUUUACCACGCUAGUCCUACUGGCUUCAGCCAUCCUCUUCCGGGAGUGGAGCAAUGUGGGCCUGGUGGACUUCUUAGGCAUGGCCUGUGGAUUUACAACUGUCUCCGUGGGAAUUGUCCUUAUACAAGUGUUCAAAGAAUUCAACUUCAACCUUGGGGAGAUGAACAAAUCCAAUAUGAAAACAGACUAAGAUGCAACUAAGGAGUGGGGGCUUAAGGAACAGGCAUUGAAGGGAAUCUGUGGUUCUUACUAGAUGUCAAGCAGAAGAGACUCUUGGUGAGAGCUGCCUGUGUACUAAUAGUCUUGUGGAUAAUAGAGAGCCUGGCUUUGCACCAGGGUGGGGUCCAGACCUCUGCAGCACAAGGCUCCCAAUGGUUGUCUUGGUGUCAACUCUCUCUGAUGAGACAAAUCCUGUUUUCAUUUCCAUUAACCUAGAAGCAUUCAUAACUACUUGUUUAAAACAUUUUAACAUGAUUUAACCAGAAAAUAAGGAUGAGGUCUUUCUAGUUAGUCUUUGUAGGGGAGCAGAUGUUCUUAAAGUACCUUGGAAAAGGAAGAAACUGUUGUGAAAUCCUGCUCUGUACAGUAAACGUGACUGACUUUGUGCUUGUGUUAAGCAUGUAUAGCGUUCAGGUAUUGUACAAAUAAGAGGUAUAUGAACUGAGUUGUUUUUAGUCCUUUAGCAACCUGACUCUCCUACAUGUACCCCCAAACAGUGGUAAGCAGAGAGAGGACAGUAAUGACAGUAAUUCAGAGUUCCUUCAGAGUUCCAUUGACAGGGUGACCUUCCAAUAGCUCAAAUCAAUUUCAGUGCCUUUAUCAUUUAAAUUAUUCACUUAAUUUAACUAUUACUGUGUAUAAGUUCAAUGUUCUAAUCACAGAUAUGUAAAGCAGUUAGAAAAAAAUACUGUAUUAAGUAGAAGAUAGUGAAAACUAAAGAUACAGAAAAAAAAGGAAAAGUGACCCAUUUGUAACCCAUUUGUGUAUUGUAGUCUGAUUAAGAACAACAAAAUAAGUAUGAAGAGAUAAUUUAUUUUCAUUUAACCUGUGUUACUUAGAUCGUUAUGGAAAAACACCUGCUUUCUGUUUCAGGAGGCAUUAUGUCCAUUAAGAAGAAAUAAACUAUUAAACUUGACACUGAGGUUGUUACAUUAGAUAGUGUCUCUUUAGUACAUACUGCAGGAGUUUAGUUAAAAGCACCUUAAUACAGGAAUAGAUCAAAGGACACAGCUUAGGACUGUUUCUACAAAGGCCAACUUUUGGAGGCAGUUUCUAGCACAGAUUAAAACAAUGUAGCCUUCUUGUUUGAAACGGUACAGCCUUCUAAAGUUUCUUACUGAGCCUCUUACUAAACCUCUGACUGCAUGCAAGGCCCUGGGUUUGAUACCCAGCAUUGAAGAGAAACAACAAAACAGCCUUCUUAAGUGGAAAAUAGCUGUUAAUCAUGCAGUAUUUUGAUCAGAAAUGAUUCUUCUAUCCAUAGUAACCUUCCCUGUGCUUUAAAUUGGAGUAAGGUACAAGGUGAUACAAUAUAGCAUCAUAUUAUGAUAUUGUACAUUUCACAUGUUUUGUUUUAUCUAAAUGGAAUAGGCCAGGUUUAAAAAAUGGGGUUCGAUAAAUAAUUUGGGUGAAUUUUAAUAAUACCCAAUUAAACGUCUUACUAAGAUAAAAAAAUGUGCGUUUCCACAUAGAAAGGGCAUUUCUAAAGUAAAAUGCCAGCAAUAGCAUUUUUAAUCUUUAAUCCCAGAACUUAAGAGUCAGAGGCAGGUGUGUCUCUGAGUUGAGGCCAGCCUGGUUUACAGAGUGAGCUCCAAGACAGCCAAGACUAUACAGAGAAACCCUGUCUUAAUCUCCCUGCCCCAGAAAAAAAGACACAAAGAAUAGUUCACUGACCUGUAGAAUAAAAAGGGUAAAUAAAAUACUAGUUUAACAUAAAAGAAUUUGGUUUUCUGGCUCAUUUGUCAGGUUUAAUAAAUUGAAAUAAAUGAAUGAUAACUUUGGUGUGUGUCAGUCAGUGACUUGUUAAGAACAGCAACAAAAUGAUCUAAACCAUGUUUUGCAUAAAGUAGUAGUUAGUAAAUAUUGAAGUUCAUUCUUCUUUGCAUCAACUCUUGAAAUUUUUUAACCACCGGUGUCUUUAGGAAUAUUAAGCUUAAUUUAUUAAACAGAAUAAUAAGUGAAAAGUGUUAUGCAGCAGAAUCAGUGUAACUUUAAUAUAAAGGUUUCUGAGGUAAAAAUACAGUGAAGAAAUUUAUACUGUGGAAAUUACCUUGUUCAUUUUUGCUAUUUUCCGUGAAGCUUAGUUUAAAUGUACUGGUUGAUGCAUCUGAAGUUUUAAUCCACAGUUACAUCGUGAAUAUCCAAAGGUGUUAAUAUUUUGUGUGUAAAGCAAAAUUUCAUAGUAUUAAUAGUUCUCCUAAGGUACUGAAAAGGCCAGAUCGCGCAGGCUUGCAUCUGGUCAGCAGAUUGCAUCAGUAGGCUUCAUGCUUUUGUUCUGUUUCUCAAGUGGAUAGUAAGCUCCAUGAUAGUAACUAUCAUGAAUAGGGUCUCAUUCUCAAAUUUACUGUAGUGCACAUGUGUGCAUACUUACUACUAUUUUACAAAUUCAGUUUUUCAGAAUUCACUUGUAAAUGCAAUAGAAAAUAAAAAUUCCCAAAUAAGAGCUUUGGGGGAAGUCUAGAAUACAAAUGAAUCUCUUAUUGGUCUCUCCAAAAGUGGGCGCAUAAGAAACACUUUCAUUAUUAUGUAGUUUUAGGUUUUUAUGUCUGAUAAAACUUAAGAAAACAUGCCUACUAAUGUUCUUUUUUUCAAGUCUUUAAAAUCGUCAAAAUAAAAAAUUUUGGUACCAAUUUAGAGAAUUACUCUUGGAAGACAUUUAGGCCACUUCUUUCUUCUUCUUCUUGGAUAAUGCCAUUUCUCAUAAAGGUCUUUACAUUUAAGAAGGUUGUUUCCUGUUUUAAGUACUGAUCAAGUAUAGGAUCAGUUAGGGACUCCUACUGGAACCCAGAUCCAGGAUACUACGGGGAACAUUUUUCUGGUCUGCACGAAGGCUGUGUCUGUGGCGUUCUAGAGGAGGAAGGCAUAACUGCCCACACUGGGACCUGUGGAGAGGAACUGUUUUCCCAGUGUCCUUGCUGAUCGCUGACACUAUCACUGUAUUGUUUCUAAUAAAAUAUCAGGAAGAUACAUUUUGUUCAACAAGAGUCUAUUUCUCUUGUUCAGGCCAUUUUGUUCUGCUUAAUUUGCUUUCCAGUUUAUCACAGAAAUAAUAUAUUAAUCUUUUCCCUUCAUCGAAUUUCAUGUUUUCUUAUCUUUUUGUGGUAGUAGGAAAUUGAACAUGGGCAUAAUUCAUGCCAGGCAAGAGUUUUACCUCUGAGCGACAUCCCUAACCUGUUUAUGUAUACUUUUGAUAGAACCGUGUGCUAUCUUUGAGUCUGACAGCAUAGCUCAUGGUCAGUGCUAUGCUGAACGUUUAGAAGCGGGUCCCUAGGCUUCUGUAAAGUACUCAGAUGCAGUGAUUUUUAGAUGUAGAAAAACAGAUGGUCUGUGGAAACAAACAUUGAUGAGCAUAGACUACUGCCCUUCUGCAUAAUUUUUUUUCUCUUUAUCUCCUAACAGGGUCUUAACAUGUAUCCUAGCCUGGCCUUGGACUCCCAGUUACAUUCCCCAACCUCGCCAGUGCUAGGAUUAUAGGUAUAGUCAUGACACUGGGCCUCCUGCAUAUUAGAAUUUUUGUUAGCGGUGAUACUUUUAUUCCAGGUUGAUCUAGCAGAAACGCGCUCCUCUCUGAUACCCACUGUGUCUUGGUCAGUAUUCCUGACCUCAUGACUGUAUGAAUUAGGUCUAAGGAAGUAUUCUCAAUGUGUCUGACAUCAAGGAGCUUGUUCAUCUGUUAAGAAUGACAGCACAGAAUCUUGGUGUUAAGCCUUCUCAGGGACCAAAACUGUAUUAUUAGCUCCUUAGCAUAGACUUCUAAGGACAUAGCCACAUUUUUCUUAUGUUUUACUUAAUACUCAUUGCUAGAUUCUGUUAAGUUGAGUUGACAAAAGGCCACUUGGUACAGCAAUCACACUACAAGCCAGUUUACCACAUAGAAGGCCUAAAUGUUUUUUAUUUUUCAUUUACACAUGAUAGUUAUCACUGGUGAAUUUUAAGGGUCUGUUAUUUAUCUCAUAAGUGAUUUUUCACAUCUGGCAAUAUUCAUAUAUGUAUUAUACAAUCAAGAAGAUUUAAGAGUUAUAGGAAUAGUAAUGAGCAUUUGGCCUAAUAUCACUACUCAUUUUUGUCAUACACAUUUCUCAUAUGCUAUUAAAUGCAACAAAAGAAUAUUUUUAAAAGUGAUAGCUGUUGCAGCAAAAGACAUUUAAAAAAUUGAUAUUAUGUAGAAAAAAAUGAACAUGUAAAUAAACAUCUAUUUCAAAUGUACCCAAAGUAAUUUAAAAAUGUAGUCCUAGGCCCAUGGAAUCAGGAAUUAUUUAUUUAUCCAUUUUUAAAAGAUUGAUUUUUAUUUCAUAUUGUAUGGGCAUUUUCCUGCAUGUAUGUAUGUGUACCACCUGCAUGCAGUAACCACCAGGGCCUGAAGAGGACAGAAGAUCCCUUGGAACUGGACCUACUGCGGCUUGUGCACCACCACGUGGGCCUGGGAACCCAAUCCUGAGUCCUCUGCGCAAACAGCAAGUGGUUUGGAGCAUUGAGCCAUCGCAUCUCUCUAGCCCCAAGGCACUUAUUUUUUUAUUUUCUGAAUUUUCUCCUGAUUCGUGAAAAUAUAUAUGAGGUUUUUUUUUUUUAUGUGAGUUUUUUUUUAACCUUGCCGUGCCUCAGUUUUUCUACCUCGAAAGUUGUGGAAGGGUUCUCGAGAUUGAUUGAUUCUAAACUGGGAGUACACUGCAUGGCACCCUAAACACUGCAGUUAGGGGCACCAUGCUCAGAACUGCUCUGGGAGAGGCAUGAUGAAACUCAGCUUGCAGACUUUGGAGUCUGAUCAAGACUGUGCUAUAGAGCAUGUAGCCUUGAACACCAAACAAGCAAAGGGAACAUUGGAUAUGAAGUUUGCAUGGUUCCAUAAGACUUUAACUUUUGUUUUAAAGGUUUACAUAUUUUGUUGUACAAUGAGGAAAUAAAACAUUGAAACAUUUAAACAUUAAACAUUUUUAAAAAUUGAAAGAGCAAAUUAUGAUAGCAUGAUGAGUUCCUUUUUAUGUUCUAUUUUGGGUUUUGUACUGCAUAUAUAAUCUAUGUGACCCAUCCAUUCUGUUGCAUUGAAUUUGUCAUGAGAAACACUGAACUUCCAGCUUCUAAGUACCUUAACCCUGAUACUGAAUUCUCUUACAUCAGGUGAAUGUCAGGAGCUCCCAAAACACUAAUGCCAAAGAGUCACCUCAAAAAAUUUAGAAUAUUUCUUUUAUUUGCUACAAUACCUUGCAUUUCACUCCAACAGUGUUUUUGCACUUUACAGAAAUUUAAAGGUAUAGCUUUUCAGUUGUAUUCCUGUUUUUGCUUUUUAAAAGGAUAAUUAUUUCCUCAUGAUAUGAAUAUAAUGAAAGAAACAGAUUAAAAAGAAUGUCAAGUGUUGGUUGCAUAAAAAUUUUUUUCUCACAUAAAUGUAGUAGGGGAAAAUGUUUCUAGUUUGUACACAUACAUAUUUAUCAGUGUCUAAAACUUGCUUAUGUUUUGCUUCAUAGACGUAGUCAUAGCAUGUUAUAAUUGCCAUAUGUAGAUUAAAAAGGCUCUUAAGUUUUACAAUAAUAUUUAUUAUUCUGUAUGUUUUAAAAUAAAGUAAAAUUUCUAGCUGA